UUUAAAAGAAAAAGUUAAUUGAAAUGUUAUAAAAUUAUAAUUUAGUAGUUUUCUCAACAGCCCUUAUUCCCCAACACCAAUAGUAGUUUUCUCAAACAGGUGGUGUGCACACUGCAAAACCAUGAAACGCAGCAAAACAACGGUCUUAACAUUCGCGGAGAAAUGCAAGAAUAUAUUGGCAUCAAACUGGCAAGGUUCUCUUAAUACUAUCAAAGUAGAUGCUAAAGGAAGCAAAGGAGAUAUCCAUACAUCUAAGGUUAAGUACAUACUCAGAAAGGGACAGCCAUACCUUUGGGUGCCAGAAAAUGAUUUGCAUAAUAUGAACACAAUCAUUGACGAGCGUGGUUCAUUCGCUGUGACCAGUCCCUUUCCAGGCCGACUAGGAGUCAUCUUGAAAUCAUUGAAAAAGUUACCAGCAAGGGUUGCUUUAUCUGGGGAUGUUCUUCCUCUCAAAGAAGAUAAGGCAAAGUCACUUGCAGAAAAACUUAACGAAAUCAUACUAUCUGAGCAAAAAGCAACUGAAGAGUUCAGUUACAGUGUUUCUGGAGUACUAAGUUCUAGUGGUAGCAGUACAUUGCGAAGUGAUAAUCUUCAGGAACUAUUGGGAGACACCGAAAGAUAUUCUGUGUAUAGAUUUAAAACAAGAUCUUGCACAUUUAUUGAUGGCCAUGGAAGCACUUUUGACGUGGAUGUUGAAGAUUUAGGAACGUCCAAAGCUGAUCUAUUAGCUCCAUUUUCAGCGAAGUUGAUUGAUGGGAUUAACCAAAGUGAUACUAGGCGUAGAGCCCUCGUGCUUUUAUGUUUUGUUUACAUGAAUGCCAAUGCAAAGGAUGCUUACGUAACAUCCGUUGAUCGCAAGGGGUUCGAUGUGCUGGCAAAAGUUACUGGUCCAGUUUUGAAAGACGGUGUUGGCCAGUACCAAUGGAAAGAGUUCAGGUUCAUGUUCGAGCGAGAGGCAACCGAUGUUGAAAUGUUCUGCAAUCAACUAGUUGAAAUGGAAGAGGAGGUCAUCAAUAAGGUUUCAGUCUCUAGUGGACUAAACUAAACAUGCAACCUUUGUUGAUCCUUUUUCUGUUGUAUUAAUUUUUGUUUUCAGCUAAAAGAUGAGUCAUUCAACAUUGUAUUUUUCAUAUUAAUUUUCAUGAUAUAAAGAGCUGUUUUACUUUUUA